UACGGUCCUUUGUACCAAUGAAAUCCUUUAUCGGGGGAAACCCGGAAGAGGAUUAUGGAGCGAAGGUUACACAGAGCAGCGUUAUGGCGAUCGUCUGCUGAAGCAAUGUAGACAAAGCGGUCAAAAGUACACCCAUGUUGAUCUACAGAGGCGCAAAGUGGUCUCACUCGUGACGGACCGACCAUUUCGCACGCACCCCUUCAUGUUAGUGAAAGUCCGUCCAUGUUCUUUUCCAAUAUUUUGCGUUGUUGCAUUGAGACGUAAAUACUCAGCUGUUUUUUAAAUACUUCAUAAUCUUUAUCGCCUGCGAGAGACAUGGGGAAUGGAAUGAACAAGGUUGUUGAUGGGCUCUACCUGGGAAAUAUCAGAGACUCUGAGAACAGAGAAAGUUUGUCCCAGAACAACAUCACCCACAUCCUGUCUGUGUAUAACAAUGCUAAACCCGUGCUGGAGGACAUGACCUACCUGUGUAUCCACGCAGCUGAUGCGUCUAGCCAGAACCUUUCACAGCAUUUCAAAGAGAGCAUCAGGUUCAUCCAUGAAUGUCGUCUAAAUGGAGGGGCCUGUCUGGUGCACUGCCUGGCCGGUGUGUCCCGUAGUACUACCAUGGUGGUGGCCUACCUGAUGACCGUCACCACCUACAGCUGGGAGGAGUGUCUGUCGGCUGUCAAGGCCGUGCGUUCCUUCGUAGGCCCGAACUAUGGCUUCCAACAGCAACUACAGGAGUACCAGAUGAACCAAGUCACAGAGCCACCCACCACUCCAUCCAACACCUGUCUACCAGAAGCCCAUGAUGUGCUGUUCAACACCUGUCUACCAGAAGCCCAUGAUGAGCUGUUCAACACCUGUCUACCAGAAGCCCACGAUGAGCUGUUCAACACCUGUCUACCAGAAGCCCACGAUGUGAUGUUCAACACCUGUCUACCAGAAGCCCAUGAUGAGCUGUUCAACACCUGUCUACCAGAAGCCCAUAAUGAGCUGUUCAAAACCUGUCUACCAGAAGCCCAUGAUGAGCUGUUCAACACCUGUCUACCAGAAGCCCACGAUGAGAUGUUCAACACCUGUCUACCAGAAGCCCAUGAUGAGCUGUUCAACACCUGUCUACCAGAAGCCCACGAUGAGCUGUUCAACACCUGUCUACCAGAAGCCCACGAUGAGCUGUUCAACACCUGUCUACCAGAAGCCCACGAUGAGCUGUUCAACACCUGUCUACCAGAAGCCCACGAUGAGCUGUUCAACACCUGUCUACCAGAAGCCUAUGAUGUGCUGUUCAACACCUGUCUACCAGAAGCCCACGAUGAGCUGUUCAACACCUGUCUACCAGAAGCCCAUGAUGUGCUGUUCAACACCUGUCUACCAGAAGCCCAUGAUGUGCUGUUCAACACCUGUCUACCAGAAGCCCAUGAUGAGCUGUUCAACACCUGUCUACCAGAAGCCCAUGAUGUGCUGUUCAACACCUGUCUACCAGAAGCCCAGCGGUGUGGAACACAUCUAAGCUGCAUAACCUUGAUUAGUGAACACACAGGUGCCAAAAGUACCGGGCGUGGCUGCGGGCCAGUUUCUGCCACAGUCCCUUCAAGGACCAGGAGCAGGUGGGAGCGCUGCUGAACCAGUACAUAGAGCAGCAGCAGCAGGAGAACCAGAGGAGAGGAGGGGACCAGGGCUGGAUGAACCAGGCCUCCAGUGUCUACCCUCUACCCUACAAUGCCUACAAUGGCUCUGGGGGCAACAGAUGAGCCAAGGGGCCUCGAGUCUCCCUGGUCCCACCAACCUCCAGCUCAGGCCUGCCUGGAGAGUGACACAAUGGCCCAGUCCCAAAAUCACCCCUAGGCACUUAGAUCUGAAAGGAUCGGAUGGGUGUAAGUAGGGCCAGGGGUUUCUCUUGAUCAAGACAUUCUCCAGACCCUAGUCAUAAGCAAUAUGGGAAUAGCUCCACCCUGCCCUCUGAUAGACUAGGUGGAAUUGUCACCCUAUUGCCUGUAACUAUUUACUACUUACAGGUCCCAAGUGCAUAGGGGUAUUUUGGGGGCAUUGGCUAACUGACUCUCUCACCACUGCACUACCUCCCAUAUCCCUUGUCACCUUCACCACUGAACUGACCUUAGUGCAGCCUGAUCAGGAGCUCUGAUGCUCACUGAAGCCUUAGUCCAAACACCUCCACACCUCAACACCUUGACCUUACAGCCACAUACUACCAUGAGGCUUCACCUGUCCUAUAACCUCGCCUCAACUCAUCUCUAAACCCAACGGAUCAACUUUUAAGGCCAAACAGAUAAGGAAUUGUAGGACUAGCAGUUUUUUUUCGUAAUCAUCUGCCUAAGACCUACAACUAGGACCUGGUUAGGUCACAUGAUCAGGAAAAAGUCCUACACCUAACAUUACAUUAUAAUAAAUUAUUAUUAAUAUGUUUAUCAAUAUGUUAUUACAUGGUACCAUGAUUACAUCAUGUUAAAUGCAGUCUGCUGGUUAGAUGGAAGAUCUGAUUGGUGUUGAGGGUUUAAUGGACAUAUGAGUGAACAUAAGAUGCUCUCCGCCCUAAUUUAAACUGAUCCAGCUACUGUAUAGCUGCAUGUGAUAAAGCUUUUUAAAUAACAGCAGCUUUACCAUAGAAAAUGAAUGCCUCGUUCCAGCUAGUAAAAUGAAGGAUCAUCACAGCCCAAAGUCAUAAUAUGGGGUCUUCCUAAAAUCUACCGUAAAUCUUAUUUGGAAAUUUGCUUAUCAAUUUAUCGUAAGUUAUAAAUAUAAUUUUAUUUUUAAGAUCUUUGUUAAAUGUUUAGUGGUACAAAUUCUGUUGUAUCAUAGUGUAUGUAUCUGCUUUAUUAAUAUUCAAAUGUACACUUUCAUUGUUUGCCAAAAAAUAUAUGCUAAUAAAUACUAUUAUGAAGCCAAA